GUAGCUGUUAAGACCAUCAAGAAAGUCAAAAUAGAGACUGAGCAAGAUCUCAUUAGAAUUAGGAGAGAAAUUCAAAUUAUGUCAUCUAUUCAGCAUCCACAUAUUAUCCAUAUUUAUGAAGUAUUCGAAAAUAAAGAUAAAAUAGUGCUUGUUAUGCAGUUUGCUAGUGGUGGGGAACUUUAUGAUUAUUUGAGUGAGAAAAAAGUGCUAUCUGAUGUAGAAGCAAGAAGGAUAUUUCGUCAGAUUGCUGCUGCUGUUUAUUACUGUCAUAAAAAUAAAAUAUGCCAUCGAGAUUUAAAGUUAGAAAAUAUAUUGCUUGAUGAAAAGGGUAAUGCUAAAAUUGCAGAUUUUGGUUUAUCUAAUGUAUUCGAUGAAAAAAAUUUGCUGAAAACCUAUUGUGGCAGUCCCUUGUAUGCUUCACCAGAAAUUGUGAAAGGUGUUCCUUAUUAUGGCCCAGAAGUCGAUUGUUGGAGCAUGGGGGUCUUACUGUAUACAUUAGUUUAUGGUGCAAUGCCUUUUGAUGGUAGUAAUUUCAAAAAACUUGUGACUCAGAUAUCUGAAGGAGAUUAUUUUGAACCAAAGAAAAAGUCUAAUGCUUCUGAACUGAUAAAAAAGUUGCUCACAGUAAACCCUUCAAAACGUGCAACAAUAGUUGAUAUCUGUACAGACUACUGGGUUAACCUUGGUUAUGAACAUUCCUUGCUUCAGGUUGCCGAAGACAUGGCAAACCUUACACCUGUUCGACUGGACUUGCUUCUUGCACUUGCACCAGAUUCAAUGGUGCCCCAAGAAGAGAUUGAACUUGAACAGUUUGGUAGCAGUGUAGAUGCUAUGAAUAAAGACUUUGACCGGGAAAUUCCUGAUGAAGAGGAUGAAGAAGAUGAGGAAUGUAAUCCUGAUACAGCUGCAAACAGCUUUGCCUUCAUGAAGGGAAGUCAUGCUAGUCAGUUAAGCAUAAGUUCUCCUAAUCUUCAAGAAGCUGUUGAUGAUGAAGAAGUUAGUGAAAGCGAUUUUCUGCCUGCUGAUAUUGCUGCUGCUUUACAUGCAGAAGGGGCAAAAAGGCUUGCAGAAAGUUCUUUUGGGGCCAAUUUAGCCCGUAUAUCUAGUUUAGUUCAUCGUAACAAAAAACCUAGAAAAUCUGAUUCAUCUAAUCUUAACAACCAAAUUUCUGAAAAAGCUGAUACUCAAAAGAAGAUAGAAGAUAAGUUAAGAAGCUCUACUAGUUUGAAUAAAAUGUCAAAAGAUAACAUCUCUUCGGAAGAGCUAAAUAAUAAUGUAAAGCAGUCGGAAGAAAAAAAGCUAUCAAAAUCUGAAGUUAAAGACACUUCAAAUACUAAAAGUGAAAAAACUACUACAGUUUCUCCAUCUAACUCACAAAAUGUAGACAAUCUAAAACAAAAUGCUGAAGUUGAGGAGUUAAAACAAGUUUUAAGAAGAGAGAGUGUAUCUGGCUCAAAAAUACCAGAGACAUCUUUUGUAAAUCAAGUGAAAGAAUCUUUAACUUCUACAGAUGAAAAAGUAGAUGUUAAAAAAAUUGGUAGACCACCUGGUAAAAUAAUAAUUCCUAAAACCUUUGAUUCUCCUCAGACCACACCAUCUCCAAAGCUGAACAUUAAUAAAAAAUUUAUCAAAAGCGAAAGCAGAUCUGAUAGUCAAGAUGGUGAACAAAAAGAAACUGUACCUCCAUCUGAAGGAGUUGAACAAAAAUGUGGAGAAAAACCAAAAAGCCCUGUAGGUGAAGAUGUUAAUAAAAAUGUUAUUAGUUUAGAUACAAACAGUGAAACGAAAACUGCUGUAAUCACUGAAGAGAAGAAAAAUAUUGCUAAAGGUAUUCUAAAGAAAGGUAUUGCUAAAGCUAAACUUGCAGAGCGAAAAAUGUCUAAACAGGGCUCCAUAGAAUCAGACAUUUCUUCUCCAUGUUCAACACCAGUAUCAACUGUUGGAACUCCUGAACCAGCACCCUCAUUUUAUAAAACACCAAAACCUUAUUCAAAAGAAGAAGAAACUAGUGUGAAAAGUAAAGCUGAGAUAAAAUUAAGCUCAACUCAAAGUUCUACUAGCACUUUAAAAAAUGGCAGUAGUAGUUGUCAAAAUGCUCCAUUAUGGGAUUCAGCUUUACGACCUAGUGACAGACAGCUGCCAGAUAAGAAUGUAAAUUGGAGUGCUAUCUCUUCAACAAUUGAUUCAGAGAUGAGUAGCUGGAGAGAACAAAUGGAGGAAAGUUUAAGGAGACUGUCACCAGAUGAUGAACGUUCAUCUAAUCAGUCUUAUCCUUUAUCAAAAGCGGAGGAUGAUAAGCCCCUUGUGCCUAUUGCUAGGAGCUAUAAAAAAUUCACUUUUACAAAAGAUGGAGCUUGCAUAACAGAAACAAAAAAGAUCUAUACAACUCCAGGAGCUGAUGGCUCAUGGACAAAAGUUGAGAAAAAAACUAAAAUUACCACUCGUCCUGGUAAUGCUGAAGAAUUUGAAAAAUUUAGAGACCUGCAUCUGAGAAAUGAUUCACCAUUAACUAGGUCUGAUAGUCAAAGUUCAUCCGGUUCAAAUGAUAUAUAUGAUGAUAUAUUUGACAGCUGGACUGGUGACACAAUGAUGUGCAAUAUGAGGAAAAUGAGUAAUAUGUUUCAGAAGUUUUCAAGAGAUCCUUUUCUACGUAAAGAGAGGCGAAGAAAUCCUUUUAGAUAUUUUCGCCGAACUGAAAGUGAAAGAAAUGAAAGAGAGAAGAAAAUGUAUGAAAUUCGAAGUGGUCGUUCUACUGACAGGGAAUCUUCAGAAAAUGAAGAAGAUUAUGAUGUGCAUUAUGAUGAUUCUAGUGCUGUUGUUUAUGGAUCCCAGGGUCUUUGGCAGUUUUUACGAUCAGCUAACAGAGGAUUUCCUGGUAGAGUAACCAUUCAUCAUGAACCUAUUUCUUAUGGACGAUCUGUUAGUCAAGAUCGUUCUGAAUCAAAAUUUGAUGCCAACUGGAAAAGAACUGGUUCCCGAGCAAGUAGUGGUUACAAUACGGGGACUCGUUCACAAAGUAGAGAUAGAACUGAGAGUCCUCGAGAAAAAGUUUUGAGGUUUGUCUUUGAAUCCCCUAAGGAAGGGUUUUCAAGAGAAUCGAAUAUAAAAGAUUCACCUAGUAGGCAUGAAAAAUGGUCAAUGAAAAGAAAUUUAGGUCGUCAACAUCCAAGACGGGACAGUGGUGUUGGAAGUGAUGGAUAUGAAUCUGAAUAUUCUGUUAGGCACAGCCCAUCAGAUGAACUCUCUAGAACUGGCAGGGUGUCUUCAAUGUCAUCAAUUUGUAGUAGUAGCAAACAAGACAUGAUUAGAAAUUUUAUGAGAUCAUGGUCAAAGGACUUAAUGUCUCCUCCUCUAUCUCCCACUUCUCUAGGAAGUGCGAAAGAACAAUUUGAGAAUUUGCCUGAUGGCAGGAAACACAGAGUUGAGCAAUGGUUGCAUAUGAAUUCAGAGGCACCAUUUGAUUUUUAUAAUGACUGCCAUUCAGGAAUUGCGUCUAGAAAAUCUAGUACUAGUCAUAGUAAUAACUCUUCUGCUUAUGCUACAAUGCGUCCUCGAGAAUACUUGAGAUAUAACCGUUCAUCUAGUGAUAAGUUAGGAGAAUGUGAUGCAGAUUAUUUUCCCGCUUUUGAUGAAAAUCCUCGUGGGAGAAGUCACAGUCUGAAUAAAGAACCAUCAUUUGGGGAAAUGAAUAAAAUUCGAUUUAGAACUGCUGCCUAUAGUCCUGUUUCAGAGGAGAGCUCAAAAGAAACACAGUCUGUCCAUCACAGUGAAAGUUCACAUUCUGCUUCUUCUGUGCAUCGCAUAAACUUUACCUUUUCUGACGGAAGAGUUUCCUCUAGUCAUAAUUCUCCACAACCACCAACUAACUAUGCAAGGCAAGUUAGUAGCACUAAAGAUGGAUGUGUAACCUUAGAAUCAACAUCACCCACUAAUGUAAAAUUCGAGCAAGUUUCUGCUAGGGCUCCGGGUCAACCACUUGUACAGAUGCGAGUGUCCUUUAAUAGAGGAAACAGAGAAAAUCAAGUUAUUCAUGUAACUGCUCAACCUCCUCAGAUUUCAAAAGGAUUAUGGGAGCAGCAAGAGUCUGUGAGAACUAGCAAGCAAGAUGGAAGUUUUUCUGUUACUCGAGAAGUUUCGCCUGUUCCUGGUAUUCGCCAGUUUUCUACAGAAGUUCAGCAUCCCAUAGGAAUAUCAGAACAAGCACCUCGGUCAACUCCUGAAUAUGAGAUGCGAAACACUGGAAAAGAUUCCCCUCACAGUCCUCCAACAGGUAAGCACAGUCCUUAUACAUCUCAUUUGCCACCUGAAAGUAGCAUAUGGGAUAUGGCAUGUGUCCCACCUUGCAUGGAAAAUGAUACUGACCUUGCUAACAUAAGCAUGAAUAUCCAUCAAAUAAAACAAAAUGAUAACUUUAAUUACAUUUGUGACAAAUCUUACUCUAGCAGGCCAAAACAGUUUCUUCCUUUGAAAACUGAAUUUGAUAGUGAUAAAUCAUGUGUUUUAGAAUCUCAGACAUCUGUAUCAAAUGGUGCUAAUACACCUGAUAGUCUUGAAGACUUGGACAUUGAACAGUCACUUUUAGUUGAAAAUAAUAUGAUCAUGAAUGAUAGUAUAAUAAGUAAUGCCCUUGAUUCAAAUGUAGAAACUAAAAGCAUGAGUGAAUUUCAUCUUGAAGUGAAACCUUUGGGUACAUUGUGGAAUAAUUCUAACUCUCAGCAUUCUGCCAGUGUCCGAAAGCAAGAAGAUGAUGCAUAUGUUACAUUCACACAGCUUCAAAGUUUUACUAAUCAAGACAAAUGUUCUGAUGGUUUAGAAACACCUGAUUUACAACGAAAGUGCAUUGAAAAUACUAGUUCUGAAAUUGGAAGUAUUUGGAACCAGAAAACUGCUUGUCAAACAUUUGAUUUGCUCAAAAAUUUAUUGUCAGAUGAUGGUCUGGAAAGUUUUAGUUCAUCUAAAUGUGUUUUAAAUUCUUCUCAUUCUGGAGUCAAUCAAAAUAAUCCAGAAGAUAUGACAAAUAGUGAGAAUUGUUUAGGACAAAACUCUCUAAAGGAGAAACAUCUUUCUGUGAUAGAUAAUAUUGAACUAGAGCGAUUAACACGAGGUGAAAAAUUUCAUAAAGUGGUGCCGUCACUUAUGGAUGAUUUACAGAGUCCAAAAGAAGUCCUUCGCCAAGCUAUGAAAAUUUGUGAUUCAUUUGACCACUUUGAAUAAGAAAUCAUUAAGUGAUAUUUAUUUUCGCAACUUUAGUGUUAAACAAAAUGUGUAUUUUGUACAGAAAUAUCAUUAAUGAGAAAAUUUUAUUAGCACCUGUCAAAGAACAUUACUUUUGUUAUAAAAUACAUUAACUAUUUUACUGCUCAUUUUAUAUACACUGAGAAGAGAGUAUAUUUUUAGGCAUUGUUAAGUUAUACACAUAUAUAUCUCCCAUGUGUUAAGUGGAUAGAAUAUAAAAAAUUAGAACUACACCCAUCAAAAUUCAUGUUCAUUAUUCAUUUAAUGAAAAUUAAUUUAAAUAAGAAUUUUCAAAAAAGUGGUAUUCAAAUUAAUUUAUUUUCUACAUGCUUUCUUAAUUAUUUAUGUUUUAAAUUUGACAUUUAACAUUUUGAGAAAUUUUAUGGAUCUCAUUUAAUAUGCUAGCUUCCAAAAGUUAAGCACACAACAGUAAAGUCAAUAAAAAUGAAAAAUUAAAGUUUUGGUAUCACUAAGUUGCAUAUGCAGAUGGUAGAUGUGUUUAUGCAUGAAAAAAAAGCAUUAUGUGCAAAGGGUAAAAUAAUAUUUCAUUAGUUUUCAUAAAUGAUUUGAUGACAUCACAUUUCAAUCAUUAGCAAAUUGAAAUUUAAAUCUAAAAAACUGCCCUGUACCUUGUAAAGCUGUAACCACCUUUCACCUUCCCACAAACUUUACAGUGAUUUCCCUUGCUUUCAAUGAAGUAAUCAAAUAUCACAGAUAGAUGGCCAUUCCUGUAUUUGAGCAAUUUCUAGCUGUUUCAGACUGUGUGGAGGAGAUAAAUGGGCAAAAGACAGCACAUUUGAGGACACCCCAAAGAUUUUCAGUGGUAUUUAGCUUGGGGGGGGGAAUACACUAGCCACUUCUCUUGAUAUUUUGGAGCCAUGCUCCUGGCCAGUUAAAGAGUUAAAAAUGUGCAACUAAGAGUGAUAUUUCACUGAAAUGUUAGCCCACACCUAGAUACUGCCAUCUCUGAACAUGUGAUGUUUGAUGAUGUUCUGGCCCUGAUACAGUAUAUCUCAGUCUUUCCAGACCCUUUCACAUUUCUCUGAAUCCAGAGAAAAUAUAAAUUCAUCUAUGAACGGGAUGAUAUCCCAGUUUGAAACAGUCGAAUAGAAAUGCUAUUGAUACCACUUUAAUCUUGCCUUUCUGGAUUGUGCAAUUAGUGGAACACAAAUAUCUGGUAGACAAUCUAGUAGUAUACUAGAUACAAUCUAGUAGUAUACUAUACAAAUAUCUAGUAGUAUGGGCAAACAAUUACUUCAUGAGAAGACUUCAGUGCACUGUACUGCAUAUAUUAGUAUGCCAAAAGUCUAUGAAUGUAACAUUAGUGGAGGUCAUCUGUUAAUUCUACUUGGCUAUACCUAUCUUUCUAUAUAUAUGUAAUAAUAAAAUUCCAUAGUCAAAAAUACACUUAAAAUUCUAACAGUUUGUUCUUUUCAUUUUUAAUGGUGACGGUCUCUUAUUUGAAAGUACGUGGAAUUAAAUCCACAG